AUAACUAUAGAAGGAGUUAGCUUGGCUUAGCGUGUAAAACAAUCUAUUCUAGACUUUAGAGGGGCUAAGCCCUACCUUUUCAGGGUUUUAGCAAGACUACUGCGAUAUGUACGAACGCGGCAACUACAGCUGAAGGAGCAACCAGGACUAUCGAAGGUUUUUCCAGCAAAAACCCAGAAAAAAAGAAAGCUUGAAGGAAGCAAUUGAAAGAGUAGUGACUAUGGAUAAGAGGGAACAUUUCUUUAAGAUAGUUCAUGAUAAUGCUAUACGGGAGGGAAAGCUUGGUAUUCCCAAGAAGUUCAUAAGAAAGUAUGGAAAUGAUUUGACUAGUCCUGCAAUUCUUAAGGUUCCUUGUGGUGCCGUGUGGAAAGUAGAAUUGUUAAAGGGCGAUGAUGAGGUUUGGUUUGAAAAGGGUUGGGGAGAAUUUGCAAAAUACUACUCCUUAGAAUAUGGAUAUCUAUUAGUUUUCCAAUAUAUGGGACAAUCCAAUUUCCAAGUAGUGAUAUUAGAUAAGAGUGCUGUGGAGAUACAAUAUCCAUAUGAUAGAGUUUGUGCUGCAGAGCCAAAGCAUGAUUGGGACUUCCAAGAGGCAAAGGCACAAGCAAAUGAAGAGAACAUUUCUGUUGAAGCAUUGGAUGAUCAGUCUCUGAAGAAGAUACGAAUUGAUUCAACCAGUAAAACACCAAACAUUUCAUUGUCUGGCAACUUGCCUACAUGUACUAGUGCUCAUGGCCAUGGGGAUCUCAAGCAAGAUCAACAGGCUAAAAGGCGUUCGUGUUCGAGUACUUCAUCAGCUCUUGAAGCUGUGAACAACUUCGUCUCUGAAAAUCCAUUCUUCAAGGCUGUUGUGAAUACCCGUUGCCCUUCUAUUUGUGUGCCGAUUAGCUUCAGUCGGAGUUAUGUUCAAGGUCAGCAAGUCAGUCUGACGCUUCAGGUUUCUGAUAGAUCGUGGACUGUGAAGUUUGUCAAAAGAGCGCCAGGGAAGCCAGGUAGAAUUACUUUUGGUUGGCCUGUAUUUAUAAAGGAAAAUUUGCUGGGAGAUGGAGAUGUUUGCAUAUUCGAGCUAAUUGAGAAGAAACUGCUGAAAGUUUCCAUUUUCAGAUGUGUCAAGUGAUUGAUACUAUCACUUCUGCUUGUUGGUGUUUUUGGAAGGAUUUUGUAAUGGCUGGACACAUACAUUGAGCAGUGUCUUUUGUCCUUUUGACUGGAUCGAUAGGUGUUAAUGUAACUAGUUAUGUAAUUUCUCUAUCCCAAGUCAUUGGCAUGUUAAGAAUGGAGUUGCUGAACUUGAAGCAUAA